CUGUACUUUUUUUUUAUUUAAACAUAGUACGAUAAAUAAAUACUACAAUUUGUAAUGUGAGUUAAAUUUGGAAGGUAAUAUCGAAGAAGCGCAUUGAUACGUUGCAAUGUCUCAUUCCAGCUACCACAGAAUUCCGCGAUUCGGUAUUUCUUGGCGAAUUUUAAUAUCGAGCGGCGUGCACCCGAUGGCCUUCAUGGAUCGCCGAUUGGCGGAGUCGACCUUAACAUUCUCAAAUUCCUGCGAUAACGUAACGUAGCUGCGCGAACUAAAAGCUCGAAUUACAGUUAGAUGGUGGUUCCGCGAUUUACAGUUAGCCGCGCGUAUAACACUCGUACGGGUGUACGGGCGUAAAAGAAAUCGGGUCAGAGACGAAAUUAGUUUUUAAUAAUCCGUCCAAACUAUGUCGGCGCGAUUCAUCCAACCCUCGUCGAACGAUUAUUGCACUCUAAUAUCUCGUGUAAAAUUAAUUCCUAACGGUGCAAGUGGCGGAAUAUAACGGACGAUCGUAUGCCGCGCAGAGCGAUCGGCGUAAUACUUGCAUAUGCAUGUCAGUUACAACAACCGAUUACUACUUCUAAUACUACCUGUCGAGCAGCGUAAUAUACUCGUCGUACAGUUUUCUUUAUUUUAAAUAUGACAUGAGAAAUGUUAAUGCGCGCGUAGUAACGUCUUCAGCAAUCGGAUAGCAGCUCCGCAAAGCCUGUCAUUAAAAAAGAGCAUUGGGCAAUAGCUGUAAUCCUUUUGUUGCCUUCACUUUCGUGCAAAGUCCAAUUGCGACUCGAGCCUCCAUAGUUAUCUUUGCGAACUCACUCUUGUUCGUUUCUCUUUGCCUCGGACGAUGACAAUGGGUCCAUCGAGCGUUCCUUUUCGAAGGAAGCAGACUGUGUAAUUGCAUCACGCGCAUUACGGUGACUGUGGCCACGAAUCUGGAGUAUGAGCAACGCGCAAACAGGGUCGCGUCGGGGUGCUUCGAAAAAGAAGACGCGCGGUAGAGGGGAAAGAUCCGAGGUAAGUAUAGGGAGAUCGAGAAUAUAUGGUUAACGGAUAAAGAAUGAAGAACGGUAUACUGGAGAGACCGUCGAUCAUUGAAGCGAUGGCACGAUGACAUGGGAAACGAAUUAAUAUACCAGCCGCGUCGUGUCCGAAAUAAUGUCUGAUGGCCCUGUUCAAACAGCCCGAGACCUGAUUUACUUUCUACGAAGAAGAGAUACUUGGUUACACUCGCCGGUAGAUGUCGACGGCUACACCACUCAGAGACGGUAUAUUUGGUGAUUUUAAUGAGUGGUACCGCGAGCAGGAUCGAUCUCGUCGGCCAUUUUGGCGGACACAAGCAUCACUUUUCAUCGAACUUUGGAAAUGGAUAACAAAAAUGUUUAUCUUAUUCAGUUUUUUUACAUUGUAUUUUUAAUAAUAAUUUAAUAUUUAUUUUUUUAUGCUCGAAGUUUUAAUGGAAUAUUAUUAUUUGUAUGGAACCUUGAUUAUUUUAUUAAAACAAUGCUUUGUGAGUUAACGCAUUUUGAGCGUGCAUGCUUUCAUCUGAUUUCCAAUAGGCGGAAAGAGUUAUUUCCGGUUGUAAGUGCUUUUUAAAUACAAUUUCGAUUUGUUAGGAAGUAGUAAUGAACAAUUGUAAAUUACUAAAAGGUUCCGCAAUUAGUUAAUGGAGAAACGGCAUUUAAACGCGGAACUCCGCGAAGAGACGAGGUAACAGCUGCGAAGCCUGCCUGCGUGACAAAUCGAUAGUCGCCAAUACUUCCGCCUGGGACGAAUCCCUCUAAGCGUAGUUUUAAAAAAUGUUUACGUAAUCAUAUAUUGCGGAAACUUCCGCUGGUGUUUUGUACACAUCAAAAUUAAAAAUAAAAGCCGCGUUGUGACAAUCAAUCAAUUCAUUAAUUAGUAACAUUUAUUCGAGGAAGAGUUAGCACUUCAAUUAUAAAAAUUGCAGAUCAUUUAAUUGAUAUCUCGUUCAGAAAUCAAAACUGUCCUAACAAACGCGUCUCAUUAAAUACUUAACCGGUUCGACGCGUGCCGGUUCGUGCAUAUGUGUAACAAGAAACAAGACGCAUUCAACGGACAGAUAUGGAACGAAUCAACAAACUGGACUGAUGAACUGAACCCCGCGAAAUAGCGGUGUAACGGCAUUGGAAUAACACGCCGUCUAAUCGAAGGUAUCCGGUUUAGGUGCAGCAUUCGCGUGAUUUUUUCAAAGGAUGAACACAACAGAUGCGGGAUUGCCUUUCGUGAGGCAUUGGCAAUCGCUAUAUAGCCUCCCGCUAAGGCAAAACGUUCUAUGGCUACGAGGCAUAUGCCACCUGCCGUUGACCGAACGAUACCUAUGAGACGCAGGCCAUAAUCGCGCGAUGCAUAAACCGACGGUUAUUAUGCUAACUUUAUUUAUAACGGGUCUCCAUUGCAUCGACGAUUCCUGACGGAAAUAUUGCACGGCUUAUUUCAUUUGAGUUUUCUAAACGAUGCACGCCGCGGCUCUCUUUAGAUCACCGCGCGAACACUUACAUACAAUUGUUAAAUUUAUAACAGUAUUAACAGUUAUUUCUAUGUUUUAUUAAUGGUACUCGUAUUCUAUUAACCCACAAAAUAGAGAUCUGUGUUGCGAUGAUUAAUAAAGACGUAUAUAAAGACAGAAAAAUACGCUUCGACGUUAAAGAGCGUCGCGAUCGUCGAUGCACGAGUGCUUCAGCCUGCAAUUUUGUAAUUCGGGUAAAAUGAACGUAAUGCGCAGCUUAAGCGUAUGUGAUAUUCUUAAGGUUCGACUUUCUCGCCAUUAGUUAAAAGUUAAUGUCGGCUCGUCCACGGGCGUUGCAGCGGCUAACAAUACACAAAUGAAAGUAAAUUGCGACAGAAAUUACGCACAGCGAGGCAUGGUCACUUUAUCUGACUCGAGCAAUUUUAUCGUAUCAAUUAGUUUUCUCCACACGUGGAAACUUGCUGUUACCAACAAAUAACUUACCGCUUUCGUAUUUGCAUUUAAUACCGUUAAUACGACUGGUUAAUUUUGAAAGUAACGUAAAUCUGCAGGUUGUGACAUAUGAUGAAUUUCGCCAGACGGGGAAUCGCAAUUUUCUCAGUUAUUAUCAUUGUCCAUUCACCCGGAAGAACGGAAGUUCCAAAUCUAUCGUCGGAAAAAGAAAGAAACUGAAUCAAUAGACGUGAACGGUAACACUAAACCGGACGUGUCGCAGAACGGUAAGAAAGAGUAAGACGGAGACGCGGGAGCGAUGGAAGGUAGCCGUGAUGGAAUAGACGGAGAGGGAGCACAGGGAGCCCGCAUAGUUGGAAUAACAGUACUCUCACAUUGGUGCGGCCAUCCGGUGAGCACCGUCGAAGCGCGGUACCGUUACCGGUUACGACGUUACCGCAGCGAACGCACCGGCUUCCAAUGCCGGCGGUCAAUCGGAAGAUCGGGACGACGCCAUACGGUCCACCCGACUGCUCAUCGAUUCGAUUGCAACUCUCUUCCUCGCUCUUCCGCUCCUUGGCGGAACCGUGUCCCGCGUCUUUGUCUUACCCGCUUCUCUUGGCAUCAUUCGACAUAGGUAACCCACCUUGAAACCAGGAUAUCGGCCAGUACACACGCGAUAUGUAGCGUAACGUGCAAAAAAUUGACCUUUUUUUCCUCACUUAUCUUGGAAUAAAAGAUAGGAAAUAUUUGUGUAAAAAUAUUCAAAAAUUAGCUGUUCAUUGCAAACGUGAGAUAAAAAUUAAAGAAGAAUAAAGUUAAGUAACACUUUGCGUAUGGGUGCGACUGGAAAACUAGUCGAUCAGAAUGAAAUUUUAAUAAUAGAAAUGUUUACAUAUUAUAUUCUUAUUAACCAAUUUCAUUAAUUACUCCAGAAUAGAUGACUGAAGGUGCCAAGAUGAAUCAGAUACCGCUUUAAAACGGCGGGCACAAAUUUCUCCGUGUAAAGCCUCAAACUCUUUAGAUAAUAACGGAUGUAAUAGCGAGGGAAGAAAGCGUCUUAUCCGGCAAAAGUGCAAUACUGCACGCGUGGGCGUGCCAGUCUAGUAUAUCAGCGCGGUAUCAUUAGUGCGAGAUUUCCGGACGUCCAACGAGAGAGUAGCCGGUGCUCGCGACGGCCGAGAGCGCAUCGGGAGAAGGCCUCUUUCUCUCUCUCUCACUCGUUUCUUUCCCUCUUUCUCUCUCCGCCGAUCUUCAGCCCUCUCCUCCCGUUCGUUCCGCGGCGCGGAGACGCCGACUCGCUAGCUAGAGCAACUCGGGCCUCUCCUGCGGAACAUCCCCGUCAGUUUCACGUCGACGGCCAUCCGACUCGCCGCGGCCAAGGUCGGCGGACGUAAGGAGGAGGAUCCUCGUCGAAGGUCAUCAAAGGAGAUGAAUUGGCAGACGAUCGUGAGUGAGACUCGUCGUGGUGCGGCAUGCUCUCGCGAAUGACCCCGCCGCGGUUCGCCAAUUCUCGUGAUAAAUCUCUGUUCCCGACAGUGAUAUGACAGUGCAAAUUGAUCGAACGAUUGAGACCUGUGCCAGGGACGGCGACGUCGAAAUCGGACGGUCGAGUCUCAUCCCGGAGCACGCGUGGCGAUUGAUAAGCAGCAAACAGAACGAAUGACGCCAACGAGCAACACAAUAGAGAAUCAAUUUGCACACACACGCAUUUCGAACGGGUUGCGUAACAUUCAGACAAAACAUGUCGACCUUAGGGAUAUCCACCUACGAAGAUGGAUUCCGAUUGGGUGGGCCGCCAUCGGAAUGCUCUCUCAGGAGCAAGGCGCAGAUCGACGCACUGUUCGAAGAUUCCAGAUCGAUCUGCAGCUCGACAUUGGGAGGAUGGUACGCAGGAUUGUCGGUCGUGAUCCCGAGCAACCCCAACGACGCGAACGAGGAGCAGAAAAGGGUGAACAGUGCCGUCCAGGCGCGCAUCGAGGCAAUGUUCGCCUCGGUGGAGGCCGAAAGUGGAACGCCCGGUGAAUGUGCCGCUGCAAUCUUGCCGGUAAAAUACAUGGGGGCGGCCCCAGUUGGCGGACGCGUGGCUAGCGUGCGAGGUCUUCAGGAACCUCUUCGUCAAUUAUUGGAACGCAUGGAAGGAUGCGUCAGGGCCGAGCUGGAGGUCUCUAGACGCGGACUGACGUUCCGUACGAGCGAAGUUUGCGAAAAAAUUAAUCCUUUUCGCAGAAUAGCGGUAUGGAGUGCCCUGCGGCUCCGAGGCAAGAGAAUACCAUCGGGAGACGUGCACCACGCCUUUUUGCCCUUGGUCGGCGAUCAGGACCAGGGACAGACGAUGGAAAACAAGCAUGCCGAUCUCUACAGGACAAUGCGCGGUUUAAAAAGUGAAGCGGAAUUCUAUCCUCCGAUCUUCGCCGUGGUGAUGCGACGGCCUGGGGCCGCCAGGCUCUUGGAGUGUCACGCGUUCGCCUGCGAAUGCGAGGAAGACGCGAUAGCAGCUGCGGCCACGCUGUAUCGCGCUCUCCUCGCCGAUUUAGACGCGAACCGACGACGACCUCGUCACGCGAACGGUGUCGGCUGCGUCAGUCUGGCAUCGGUUGCUUCCAGCGUCCGAGAGCCCAGUCUUAGCAGCAGAAUCAGUUGCUUGCUACCUCCGCCACCGAGACCGACUGCGCCACAUCCUGUGAGACCACCCAGAACCAAAAAGACGUCCGUGAGCAGUUCCGUCACUGAGGACGAAGGUGGAAAACCUAGCUUACAGAAGAUGCCACGUAGGAAGAAAAAGAAUUCCGACGUGAAGGCGGAGGACAUUCUUGAGGCGCGUGGAAGGCGACGAGAUAAUAUCAAAAUGGAAAAAGGCAAUCUGGGACAGAACAACCGAGACAUCGUAUUGACUAGAAACGAGGAACUGCAAAAUUCGAAGAACAAGAUGUUUUCUGCUAAGAACCAGAAUUCCCUGAAAAUUGAGAUAGAGUCUAAUAAAGCCGACAAAAUUUACAGCGCUCGUGAUGACGAUGUGCACGGAAUUUACGAGAGGCAGUCGAACAAGUAUGAGAAACUGUACAAACGAAACAACGCGAAGAGGGGGUCAGCGAACAUAAAAAAUGACAUUUACGAAAGAAAUUAUGGAUCGUACGACUUGAAUCGAGCAAACGCCGGGAAUUGCGAAUUGUACUCCUCCGGAACUGACAGCGUUUUUAUGUACGAUAAGAUCAAUAAGUCCGGAAGAAACGAGAUGAACUCUAUUUACGAACAAACUGGCAGGAACAAGGAAAAUGUUUACAGUUCGCGCAUUGAAGACGCUGAUAAGAUCUACAGUCUUGGGCAGGAAGACAUUUACACGAGUAAGAACAACAAAAACAGCCAGAUGAGAGACUGCCAGGAAGAUAUUUCCUUCGCCAAGAACUUGAAGAAUAACAGACACUGUCAAUCGCAUCACGAACAUUCGGAUAGUACGACAAAUCAGCAGAGACGCUCGAGAGACCCGGAGAAAGCGUACUCUGGCAAAAGAGUCAGCCGAGUCAUCACCAUGGAUAAGCCAUUGAGGAAAGAUGAUCCUGAUUAUUCGCCGAGUAUACCAGAGUACAGUCGCCCUCGCGUAAGAAGAAGAAGCAGAGCAGGCAGUGAGCCGCCCGUCAGUCAUUCGGAGAAUGCGAACAGAAUCCUGCAGGAAAAUGCGCUGAAGAGAUCGCAGAGCGACAUAGACGUGGACAGAGGAGAUCUGAUGACGAGGGUCGAGCUGCCCAGGAGAGGCAGUUUCCUGACUUCCGGAAGCACUCGAAGAACCAAUAACAUCAAAGGAGGUACACCGCUCGGUUUCACAGAGCUGUUUGACGAAUUCAGGAAUCAGGAGGGCUUGACGAGCGUGGAUGAUAUUUUGGCAGCCAUCAUAGGUAAUAAUUUAUGCAAAACAGUGUGGUUGAAUAACAAAUUUAAAUCUAAUUAUUUUCCAGAUCCGGAAGGUAUGUCGUUUAACGACCUGAAGCCGCUCUACAAGGAGUUCUUACUGAAACUGGCCGCGACCUUAACGCAAGACGAACUGUAUCAGAGAUCCGCCAGUAUCAUGAGAAGGCGACGGAGACCACAAAGACGAAGAUCGAACCGUCGAUCUUGUUUAUUGGGCAGAGCCAUAAAGAGGUCGGUCUCAAGACUGAAAGGUGGCCCCACGGAAUUCACUUCCGUGAUAUUUCCAGCCAGAAGGUUGAACGAUAGUUUUGGCAGUAGUUCGUCGUGUGACGUACGGAAUAAUCAUCGAAAUCGAGUGCUAGCGAGUAGACUCGGUAGGAGGAAAUCCUCGCGCAGAACGAGCAAGAACGGGAUAUGCCACACGACUUCGGAAGAUAGUGAUACGUGUAGACGAUUGAGUCGCAACAUAGGUGCCACCGCGAACAGAAGUAGCAGCGGAUACGUGAGCUGCAGCGAAUGCAGCUACGACUCCGAGUCGUGCACGUGCGUUUCAGCGGACAAGUGUUACUGCUCUUUGUCCAGAAGGGUACCGGCUGCGCCUGUACCAGGAAACACGGUUGUUUGCGCUUGCGAUACCGACAGUUGCUCCGAGAGUAACAAGUGUUACUGCGCAAGGAAGCCAAUACAGCCGACUAUACUGGAGCAACUCAGGCAGAAAGGAAUUGUGCCGUCGGAGAGCACGCUCAGCAGAGGUGACAGUCCCGAGAGGAUUCGAGGUUCGAAACUGACCAGUAGUCAUAGUUUAUCGCGCAACACUGAUUUCCUCAAGAAUCGACCGUCGCCAGUUUGCGCCAGUAGUUCGGAUAACUUGGCCUUAGAUUACGAUCUCUUCAGCCCAGGAAGAAAAUCUCAGCAAUCGUCCGGCAGCGAGAAAGUUCUCGUAGUCAGCGCCAGAGAUACUCAGGGUCGUUUGGUUUACGUCGGUGGCGCGGAACGAGACAAGAAGUAUUCCUCCCGCGGCAGCGGGAGAUCCGGGGCACAUCACGAAGCGCUCUCCAUAAAAAAAAGCGCGGAAAUCGCCGCAGUUUUCGGUGCGGGUGAGAAUAAUAGAAUCUCGAGGAGGGCUAGUAAUGCGUCGAGUACAAAAAGUUCGAUCAGUCUCGAGGCUGGACUGGGUUACUUGCCUUAAUGGAAGUAUCUAAAUUAUUUCCAGUACAGUACUGACGCAUAUUUAAUAUAAUAUUUA